AGUUUUUAUAUUUUUCGGCUAUUCGGGAACGAAUUUAUUUUUCGGCUAUCCGGGAACGAAUUUAUUUUUGGGCUAUCCGGGUAUUCGGCUCCGUGAGACGCCACCGAGGCUCGGCCCCCCAGAGACAUUAUAUGGUGAAGGACUAUAAAGAACUGAUUUUUAGCUACUCUAAUGCCAUAGACAUUUGAAUUAACACCGGUUUUAUCUGAUAUUUUAGAGUAUGAGUAGCAAGAAACACAACCCAGCCACGAAUGCGAACCAAAUCUCAGUUGGAACUUUCUACAAUGUAGUUGAGAAAAACUCUGCUCAGCGAGACAGCCAGUUGGCGAGAUUUGACAUGAGAAAUCCAGCUCCUGGUAGCAGCAGUCCAGGGCCAAUUGUGACUGAGCGUGUGACUGUGCCGUCUUCCCAACAUGUAGCCGAAAUUGUUGGCAGACAAGGUUGCAAAAUCCAGGCCCUGAGAAACCGGACUAAUACCUAUAUCAAGACUCCAAGUAGAGUUGAAGGUACUUUAUUCGUGAUCUCGGGGCAAAGAGAGAGUGUUGCAUUGGCUGUUCAAGAGAUUCAUCAAGCUAGUGCGCAUUUCACAAACAUAAGGGCUGAAAGAAUAAGAGGACUCGUCAUUGAUAGGGUGCAAGUACCCUACAGACACGUUGGCUUAGUCGUGGGACCGAGGGGACAGAAAAUCAAACAAAUCCAAACCAAGACUUCUACCUUGAUUAUUACUCCAAUCAGGGAAAGCGAACCUAUCUUUGAAAUAAGCGGUCUGCCGGAAAAUGUUGCCAAGGCCCGAGAGGAAAUUGUGAGCCACAUCACGGUUAUUUUGUCCUUGGAGGAAAGGGCCGUUAGACCGCUGACUUUCAACGAUGUUUCAAACAGUGUGAGUUUGACUGGCAAGAUUCCGACUGGAAUCUGGAAUUCUUCCAAACAGGAUGUUGAUGAAAGCGUAUCUGACGCUUUGACAAGUGCAAUGAGCGGACUUUAUGGAGACAGUAUGAUCGCAAGAACUACACAAGCAAAUGUGCGGCCGUUCACUGGAAGACCCAUCACAACUUUAACUAAUGCGAUCGUUUCUUCUUCGGGAGUUAGGACCUCGGCGGGGUCGAGGCGAGAAAACCGAGAUCCUCUCAGAAGCACCGAGUUCAGGGCUGCGACUGAGUCGAUCUCGAAUCUGCUGAAAAGCCCAAUGCAAUUGCAAGACUUGAACAUUAACACCUACAAACCUUUCAAUUUGGACAGCGGAGCCUGGCUGCAGCAGAGAAUCAACAGGAAUGAGUCACCGGCAGAAAGAGGAGAACCGUUGUCACAAAACUUGGGAGCGGAUUUUGACUUGGCAAGCAUGCCUUUCAGAUUGAAUGAUGAUGGAGCCAAACUAAGCCCACUAAGCAAUGACCCAAGCAGCGAGUCCAGUGGAACUAGUCGGGGGUUCGGCAAUGGGAGUCCAUCCGGUUUGCACCCAACAGUUUCUCGGAUUGCCGAUCCAGUAGCGAGCAGCUUCGGUGUUUCCAUGUCAUUCGGCAGUGAAGUUAGCUCUGCUUCUGGACUGCAUGACGCUAUUGGAGCCAACACGUGGGUGCUGUCUCCUCCCAGGCUGACCUCACAAGUGCGGAAAUCUCCGCAUGCUAGCAAGUGUAGUAUCGGAAUGUGCAACGCGAGAAUUAACUCCACCUUUAUUCCGUGCGGACACAAGACGCUGUGCUAUGGCUGUGCCAAGGAAUACAUUGGACUGCCAUGUCCCUCCUGCUACGACAUCGUGUAGCCAGCCUUGAGAUCCGGAACAACUUUUUAGUCACUCCUUUUGAAGUGUAUUUGAAAUCUUGAUCUUGAACUGAAUCUAUUUAAAUGCUGCUUUAUGUAUUUACGUUGCAUAUAGUUUUCUGUUUGACAUUAUUGUUCCGACUUUCGAUACGAAAGUAACGGACUAUUUGUGCUCGGGGUGGGUUUUUUUCUUCAGACAAAUUUCGACUU